AGUCUUUGCAUAGAGAAGUAUAUUGAGUGAUUAAGCGAUACAGAGGGAUCGAGUUAGGAAGAUACAUAGAGAUCAGAUGGGAGACCAAACCCCAUGUGAGAAGCUGUGCCUGGGGCUCAAGAAAGUUAAACAUUACCUGGCUAUGGUCUCCCUUCAAUUUGGAUAUGCUGGAAUGUACAUCAUCACCAUGGUUUCUCUGAAACAUGGCAUGAGUCAUUACAUACUAGCAGUGUACCGUCACGUAGUUGCUACGCUUGUUAUUGCACCGUUUGCCUUUGUUCUUGAAAGGAAAAUAAGGCCAAAGUUGACACUCUCGAUUUUCCUAAGGAUAAUGGUGCUUGGUUUUCUUGAGCCAGUGCUUGAUCAGAAUUUGUAUUAUUUGGGGAUGAAGUACACCUCAGCUACAUUUUCAUCUGCUACAACAAAUGCCCUCCCAGCUAUAACCUUUCUGAUGGCGCUUUGUUUCAGGUUGGAGACAGUAAACUUUAAGAAGCUACAUAGCGCAGCCAAGGCCAUCGGAACUGUUAUCACGGUCACAGGAGCAAUGGUUAUGACCUUGUACAAAGGUCCGGUCAUCGAUUUUAUAAGAUCACAUGGAGCAGCUCACCAUGGAACAAGCAAUGAAUCCGGUAAUCAGCAUCGGCUUACCGGAACACUAAUGCUCCUAGGUAGUUGCUGUGCCUGGGCAGGUUUCUUCAUAUUGCAAUCAUUUACUUUGAAGAAAUACCCAGCAGAGCUUUCUCUCACAGCAUUGAUAUGCGUGAUGGGCGUGGUGGAAGGUGCAGCAGUGUCCCUUGUUAUGGAACGUGACAUGGGUGCCUGGAAGAUAGGCUUUGACUCUCGGCUUCUUGCUGCUGCUUACUCUGGAGUGGUUUGUUCUGGAAUUGCAUAUUAUGUGCAAGGCGUGGUAAUAAGGGAACGAGGCCCUGUCUUUGUAACUUCUUUUAGCCCUCUUUGCAUGAUCACCACUGCAGCUCUUGGAUCCAUUGUUCUAGCGGAGCAAAUCCACCUUGGAAGUAUAAUUGGAGCCGUUCUGAUAGUUUGGGGGCUUUACACAGUGGUGUGGGGCAAAAGCAAGGAGAGAAUAAACUCAUCGAAAUUGCAAAUGACAAAGGAGAAAACUGGAACCCAAGAAUUGCCUAUCAAAGAUAUUAGUACUAAGCUAUCAUCAUCAAUCAAUUUUGCAAAUAGCAUCCAAGGACAUGACGAUGGAAUGUCGAAGAUUCCACCCAAAUCUUGAAGAUUCUUCAAAAGAUUUACGUUCCCUAGGACCACUAUAAAAGAUACCAUACUCACACACACUCUAUCUCUCCCCUCUCCCCUUUGCCAGUGGAAGAAACUCUAUCCGAAAUUAAUAUGUAUCACCCUUUAGUUCAUGUAUGUUGAGAUACUGAUGCAGUGAAAUAUUAUUUUGAUAUAUUUUUAAAUAAAAAUAUUUUAAUAAAUAA